GCUCAACAUCAGAGGAGUGUGCAUGAGUGCUCUGCCGGGAUGGAGGUGAUAAGACGCACAUCUUGAGGGUCUUUGGAGAGACGCGCGACCGGAGGAAUGCGCUCUGGAGAACUGCGAACUUUACACGCUUUAAGAGGCCUGCAGAUCCUUAAGUGUGAAGUUCUCAAGAUGAAAUAAUCAGAAGAAGUUCCCUCUGGAGAAGACGAUUAAUCAGCUACCAUCAUGUUUUCAGCAUUCUUCUCUAACCAUAGAACUGCUGUAUCAGCCAAUGAAACUCCUCUGUGCUUCUCGAUCAACAGCCCUCCUUUCGAAUACAACCACACCAUUGCCUCCGCCUACUUCUCAGCUGUGUUUAGCGGACUCGGACUGAGCUCAAACCUCUUCGCCUUGGUGGUGCUAGCCAAGACAUUUCAUCACACCAAGAGCCGGUCCCGUUCCUCCUUCCUGCUGUUUCUCGGUGGCCUGGUGUUUACUGACUUCAUGGGACUCCUGGUCACCGGUUCCAUUGUGGUGUCCUUCCAUAUUACGCACUUCAACUGGCGCGAGCUGGACCCCCAUUGCCACUUUUGCAACUUCAUGGGCAUGUCCAUGGUCUUCUAUGGCCUUUGCCCACUGUUGUUGGGGGCCGCCAUGGCCGUAGAGCGUUUUGUGGGGAUCAACCGACCCUUCGCUCGUACCACCAACAUGUCCAAGAGCAGAGCCUUGUCAACGGUGGCCAUGGUGUGGGUCACGGCAGGUUGUAUAAGUCUGUUGCCUCUGGGGGGGCUUGGAAGUUACCACCUGCAGAUGCCUGGAUCAUGGUGUUUCCUCAACAUCAGCUCCAAACCUCUGGACAUGACCUUCAGUUUGAUCUUCUCCCUGGUUGGUCUGCUGUCGCUGGUCGUAUCAUUCUUGCUCAACACGGUGAGCGUGAUCACCCUUCUGAGAGUGUGUUGCGGGAAAGACGGCAGUCAAAGGAGACGAGACUAUGAAGUGGAGAUGAUGAUACAGUUGAUCUUGAUCAUGGUCAUCGCAUCUAUCUGCUGGUGUCCUCUACUGAUAUACAUUUUGAAGACCGUUGUGUCCUCCAUACCUGUGAACUCUUAUAACGUACUGUUCUUUCUGCGAUUGGCCACCUGCAAUCAGAUAUGUGACCCCUGGAUUUACAUCCUAUGCCAGGAGUCUAGACUGAGGCGAGUAGACUGACCAAUCCGGUUGGCUGAUCCAGUUUGCAAUCCGAAUUAACAACGACCACCAUUCACACUCACUCAUCAAAUGUGACAUACGAUUGCUUCAAACUGCUUCUGCCAUUUGCUCAUGCUUUGCAGCUACAGCGUAAGAAUGGCUGCUGCGCACUGGCAUCAUCAUCCACCUGACAGCUGACUAUGAUUACCGUGGUAACCAACAUUUCCACCAAAAUACCUUAUUUACUCCAGUUAUUGUUACUACUGUAAAAACAUAAAUUAUUAUAGGAUUAUUGUAAAUUAUAAAUGUAUAUAUUAUAUAACGUAAUAUAUAAAUAUAAUAAAUUGUGUUCAGUUUAUUUAUUUGAAUGACUUCAGUAGCUAAUACCAAGUUCAAAAAUUACAGUAGUAACUGCAGGAACUACAUUAUUUUGGUGGAAAAGCUGGAAAAUGUUUGUAAGAGAAUGUUGUUGCAUCAAAUGCACUGUGUGUGGGUUUCUCUGUGUUUGAGCAUGUGUAUAUUUUGUCGAGUGAACACUGCUAAGAUCUGUGAUGUCUAGCUCAUGAUUUUCAUUACUGUUUUUUUUAUUCCUAAGUGUUCAUAUUAACAACAAACCUCAGAGAGUUCCAUGAGAAAACGCACUGCAGUGUCCAGUUGACAUUGUGACUGGCUUCACACGACUCAUUUUAUGUCCAUUAUCUCUACUGUCAUUUUUGAGUACAAAAUGAAAUACUAAAAAAGAAAAAUAGAAAUAACAUUUUGCAUGAAGGAAAUGAAGCCUUUAUUUAUCAAUAAUGUACUUGACAGUUUACGUGAGAUUUACGAAAUAAAUGUUUUCAGAGACUUGAAAAACAUUACCAAAUAUUUAUUAUCGACAUGAUGUCAUUUUGGGUCUGAAAAUUGUUUGU